AUGCCAUCUUCACGCACAAUCACUUUAUUUCUCCACACUCCGGCGCCCGGAGUUGCCUCACCAUCGCUGCACACGUGCCCCUUCCGCUCAUCCUCCAUCCAGCAUGGCACAGCCCACAGGCGACCCCAACCACGACCACAGCACAAAGCCCGCUUUGAUCUAAGGUCACAGCCAUCCAUCGCAUCAUUCUCCUCCACGACAGCCCGAUAUCGGGACCAAAACUACUAUGAAAUCCUCGACCUCCCUCCAACCGCCACAGCAGUAGAGAUAAAGAAAAAAUUCUACGCCCUCUCCCUCCGCCACCACCCGGACCGCAACCGCAACGAUCCCGACGCCUCGCAACGCUUCGCCCGGAUCUCAGCAGCCUACAACACCCUCGGCAACGCCAACAAACGCGCAAUCUACGACCGUGACCACGGCCUACACAUCCAACACACCCCCCCCAACAGGGAGCCACAGCAGCCACAGCGCAAACCUCCACAAAGGCUACGCCGGCUCACGACCACCCUCCGGCCUAUCCAAACGCCGCGGCACAUUCCACGGCCCACCACCCACAAGGCGGAUACGGCAGUACAGGCCGAACGGAAACCGGAUCAUGGACAGCCGGUGCGGACUUUGCGAAUGCCGCGUCUACCAGAGGCGGGAGUUCGAAAAAGGAGAGAUCCGGAGCACUACGAGGGAUUCAUUGAUCGGAAUCCCUUGGGACAUUUUAAUGCGAGGGGACAUUUUAGAACGCAGAAGGCGGAGGAUCUGAGGAGAAGGGAUCGGUAUGUUCGGGCGAAACAGGCGAGUUUGAAGGAGGACGGGGCACGGGAUACGAGUUCGAAGGGGGAGAUCAGAGUUCUUAGAUUGGUUACAGUGAGUGGGAUACUGAUUAUUACGGGAUUACUUGGGGGCUUUGUGCAGAGGGUCAUGCCUACGGGGCCGGCUGUGACGCCGCAGGAUCAGGCCAAGGCCAAGGCCAAGGCUAAGGCUGCUGCUGUUUCAGCGGAGCAGACGAGGAGGAGGGAUGCCCAGCCUCAAACUAUGUCGGGGUGA